AAACUCAGGCUUUCACCGCAGUAAGUGCGGCACUGAGGGUGAUACGGAGAGAGCUGGGGGCAUUAGGACCUUCAAGCCUUCAGCUCGUGGAGGAGGUCAUGCCUGGUUUGCACGCUCUAAUAGGCAUGUGAUCGUGUGACUCGAGAAGAUCCCAGUCAUGUGCUUCGCGCCGACACUGAUGAGCUGAGGAGGAGCUGAGGGGAGCCGAGCUGGAAGAGGGGGAUUUGGGGGCAGAAGAGCUGCGAAAAUACGCCAGACGUGGAAGGGCGAGGAGCGCGUGCAGAUUGAGAGAGGAGGACAGAAAGUGAAAGACUCCGAAGACCGAAGAGGCUCGAGCGAAGCGCGUAGACAUGGAGUGUGGAAUAAUAACGUCGAAAACGGUGCUCCUCAUCCUCAGCCUCAUAUUCUGGGCUGCAGGUGCUGCACUUGCCUACGUGGGCUCCUAUGUCCUAAAGAGCUACACCAAUUUCGGUGACUUCCUGGAGGAUAAGUACACCCUCAUUCCAGCUGCCAUCAUCAUUGGUGUUGCCGUGGUGAUGUUUGUCAUUGGAACCUUGGGCUGUUGUGCUACUCUGAAGGAGUCGAAAGUGGGCCUGGGCUUGUUCCUGCUGAUCCUACUUGUGAUUUUCACAGCUGAGGUCACUGCCUUUGUGUUCGGGUUCAUCUACAGGGGCAAGAUAAAUGGUAACCUGGAUCAGUCCAUGAAAGAUGUGUUCAAGAAAUACGAUGGGCAAAACGCAGAGACGCGAGCUGUGAACUACCUGCAGAUCCAGCUUCAGUGCUGUGGAAUUAAGAACUACACUGACUGGACCACGCUACCCUGGUUUCGUGGCCAUAAUGACUCAGUGCCCAGCUCCUGUUGUCGGGCCAACAUCACCAGCUGCACUGGCCAACUGGACCAGCCUGGCUUGCUGAACACACAGGGCUGUGAGAACAAGCUGGUACAGCUCCUUCAGGAUGUGAUAAGCUACGCUAUGCUAGUCAUCCUGGGCUUUGCCAUUAUUAAGUUCUUCGGGAUGCUGAGCGUGUGUGUGAUCACCUGCAGAAAGAGGAGGAACAACUACCAUCCUCUCUUGGCCUGAUUCUGCAGUCCCGAACCCCACCUCUGGAGGGUGCUCUUUCAAUACCUGUACUCAGAGAGCCACUUCCAGUCUCUACAUGCCAGUCCCCUGGGACUUGCUGCAGGUGUUGAGAUGACCACUGGAGAGUACAUGUGUAUAUCUGUAUGUUGACAUGUCAUCUUGUUUCAAAAGUUACUGUUGUCUUGUGGGUUUAACUCUGACUAGAGAUGGACUUGUUCUGCAGACACCUGUCCACCAGAAUGUUAAGGUUUUGUCUAACUAGACAUGGGGCAAUGAAUGUAUAUUUUUAAACUUAUGAUACAUAGGUGUCAGCUAUAUUUUGGAGAAAUUAAGAAAAAUCCAUAGUUUUGGCUUAAUAGGAUGAGUUGGCCAAUAAAUGGUAAAGAUGUGGACCAGUAAGUCCAUUUCUACAAGCACUGAAAAGACCAAAGAAGUGCAAGUCCAAUUUACCACCCCACUAAGGUCAAGUGCAAUUAACUGAUUGCACCCCUGCUGGUGAGUUUACUGAACUGCAUCACAGAGGACCGGUUGAGCUAGUUGAUUUCGUAGCGGAAAAGCGUUAGAGGAUUAUUUAAGCCUUUUUUUUUUUAUGUGUUAUGAGGAGCUACUAAGACACACAUUUACUCUCUUUCCAUUUUAAUAAUUCUUUGUUCAUAGUAUAACUUUUUUAAAUCUGUCAGCAAUAAAAUUAUUUAAAUGGUUGUCUGUUACCAAUAUUUGAACUUUGGAAGGAAUAACUAGCAAGGUUUGCAAAUAUGAUAGAGUAAUAUUACAUCUCGCAGUGGUUGUAUGAACAAGUUGACUUGCUGGGUUUCAAAGGCAAAGGAGAAACCUAAGUGGUUCCAUGUAUAUCUGGGGGUAGAAACACAGGAAGAAACUUACAAACUGCAUACAUGCUGUACCACUGCAUCCCCUGGGAGCAAAUUUCUGGUUUUUAGAAGAAUCUGAGUUGUUAGCUAGUCUCAGUACACCUGUGGCUCACACUAAUUAGCCACAAACACUUUGUUGGCUCUGAGGGGAGGACAAAGGCUUAACCCCCUGGGGCAUGCAGUGACACACAGCGGAAGCCCGGGCAGGCAGUUUGUUCCUGGUGGCUAAGCCCCUGAGGAGGAGCAGGGCUGCUGAGCAAAUGGGUGUGGAUCCGAGAAGGAACUCCUGGCAUAAAGCCAAGAAGAGCUCGAGAACUUGGGCUUGGUCUGCAGAGCAUAUUGCACUGCUUCAGACCUGGCACGGGAAUAGUAGCUGUGCUGUGGGGCUGCGCUGCUUACGUAAGGAAUAGAGCAACUUUAUCACUGCAUCAGCAGACAGAACUAGUGGUUCGUCAUGCUUUAAAGACGUACCAAUGCAGAAUGUCGAGUGAAAUUCACACAUCUUGCCAGCCGUAUAUAAUCGCUGGUGUGUGUUUUUUGGGUUAUGAUUCAAUGGUGACAGUACAUAAACCUUUAACUUGAAGGUUCCUGGUUCAUUCGUUUGUCAGAUAAGCUUCACUCCAAGAAGAUGUUUUUGACUACACAUAAAUUGCUGUUUUGUUAUUCCACACAUUUUACAGUUUUCCUGUUGACAUAUUACUAGCCUGAUGAUUUUUUCAGCAGCUACAUGAGUGACUCAUAUAGAGCUAUGAUUCUUUGUUUAUCCUCAUAUUAUCUCAGGGAAGUAACAAGUACUGCUAUGGUAAAACAUCUAGUUGUAUAAAUGGGUAAAUAUGUCACUUUGACAAAGCAAUAGGUAAACUAUGUAUCUGCAUUCCCCUUCUGAGUUUUGGGGUGGAGUUUAGAGAACUGUGUAAUGUAUUGAGUUUGUACAUGCAUUUAUCGGGAGCACCGUGAGUAGUAGUGUUGUCUCGUGCCUGGGUGAUGCGAUAGGAUGUGGGUUCAAUAUCCACUCAGUCUGUGUGGAGUUUGCAUAUUCUCCCCAUGUCUGUGGGUUUCUGCUGCAUGUUCUGGUUUCCUACCACUAUCCAAGGGUAUGCUAUUGAAGUGUAUCGGUGACUAAUCAAUCAUACUGUGACUGACGGCGUUUCACUGGUGUAUGGACAAGUG